AUGGCUCGUUCUUUCUUUCGUAAAUUGCUCACAUACUUGUCAUCUAAUAAUGAGUUGGAUGUUGUUCUUAAUGUUGAGGCUGAUGGAGAGUCAUCGAGACAUCGUGGCAAUCGCCAACGUCGUAAGUUUAUUCGGCGUGAUCAUAUUCAAGCGCAUCAGCGCCUGUUUCAUGACUAUUUCGCAGAAAAUCCAGUAUAUCCCUCCAAUCUAUUUCGAAGGACAUUUCGGAUGAGUCGUCCCCUAUUUCUCCGUAUUCUAAAUGAGGUAGAGGCUUGCGAGCCCUACUUCGUCCAGAGAAGAGAUAAUGCCGGAAGACUCGGUUUAUCUUCUAUGCAAAAGAUAACUGCAGCACUUAGAAUGCUGGCAUAUGGGGUUACUGGAGAUUUUAUGGAUGAAUACAUACAUAUUGGAGAAAGCACCGCAAUGGAGAGCCUCAAAAAAUUCUGUAAGACAAUUGUAACUGUUUUUUCAGAUGAAUAUUUGCGAUCUCCAAAUGCGAAUGAUAUUACUCGAUUGCUUGUGGUUGGUGAACAACGGGGAUUCCCAGGAAUGUUGGGAAGCAUUGAUUGCAUGCAUUGGAAGUGGAAAAUUGUCCCGCUGCCUGGAAAGAGAUCUUUUAUUUUCACGGAACUUGCCCAAGGGCGUGCUCCUCUAGUCAAUUACACAAUCAAUGGCAGCGACUACACUAUGGGGUACUACCUUGCUGAUGGUAUUUAUCCCAAGUGGUCAACGUUUGUGAAGACGAUUCCAUCACCCCAAGGUAAUAAGAAGAAAAACUUUACCGCAGCACAAGAAUCUGCAAGAAAAGAUGUCGAGCGUGCCUUCGGGGUACUUCAACAACGAUUUGCAAUCGUUCGUGGACCUUCCCGAUUUUUCAAAGUCAAUGAGCUAACAAAUAUAAUGAAAGCAUGUGUUAUUCUACAUAACAUGAUCAUUGAGGACGAGCGUGAUGAUAGUCAGGGUCCAAACAUGGAGUAUGAUCAAGUUGAUGAUGAUAUUCCAGAACUGUCGCGCAAUCCAACAAUAGAAUUUAUCAACUUCAUUCAGCGCCAUCAUGAAAUUAGAAACAACUCAGCACAUCAUCAACUACAAGCAGACUUAAUUGAACAUGAAUGA